ACCAGGCCGGCGGCUCCCUAUAAGCCGAGGAGCUGUCCGGGUGCUGAAGCGGCCCGAGCAGCUCGCCAGGCGGACCCGCAGGAACAUGCUCUGGACCUCCCCUGCCUUGUAAAAAGGAGGACAUCUUUCAAACAUGGCAGAAGCUAAGACUCACCGGUUUGGAGCAGCCCUGUGUCUCAUCCCUUUAAUUUUCCUCAUCGCUGGGGAUGAAGCAGCUUCAUUUCAGCGAAACCAGCUGCUUCAAAAGGAACCAGACCUCAGAUUGGAAAGUGUCCAAAAGUUUCCCAGUCCUGAAAUGAUCAGAGCUUUAGAAUACAUAGAAAAACUCCGACAACAAGCUCACAAGGAAGAAAACAGCCCAGACUACAAUCCUUACCAAGGUGUCUCUGUUCCCCUUCAGAAAAAAGAAAAUGGUGAUGAAAGUCAUUUGCCAGAAAAUACAAGGGAUUCCCUGAGUGAAGAUGAGUGGAUGAGGAUAAUACUUGAAGCUUUGAGACAGGCUGAGAAUGAGCCUCAGUCUUUACUGAAAGAAAAGCCCUAUGGCUUGAAUUCAGAAAAGAACUUUCCAAUGGACAUGUCUGAUGAUUAUGAGACUCAACAGUGGCCAGAAAGGAAGCUCAAGCACAUGCGAUUCCCUCCUAUGUAUGAGGAAAAUUCCAGGGAUAACCCUUUUAAACGCACAAAUGAAAUAGUAGAGGAACAAUAUACUCCUCAAAGUCUUGCCACGCUAGAAUCUGUAUUCCAAGAGCUGGGGAAACUGACAGGACCAAACAACCAGAAGCGUGAGAGAGUUGAUGAGGAGCAAAAACUGUACACGGAUGAUGAAGAUGACAUCUACAAGGCCAAUAACAUUGCCUAUGAAGAUGUGGUUGGGGGAGAAGAUUGGAACCCAGUAGAAGAGAAGAUAGAGGGUCAAACCCAGGAAGAGGUAAAAGACAACAAAGAGAAUAUAGAAAAAAAUGAACAGAUCAACGAUGAAGUGAAGCGUUCAGGACAGCUGGGCCUCCAAGAUGAAGAUCCCCGCAAAGAGAGUAAAGACGAACUCUCAGAUGAUGUCUCCAAAGUAAUUGCAUACCUGAAAAGGUUAGUGAAUGCUGCGGGUAGUGGGAGGUCACAGAAUGGGCAGAAUGGGGAAAGAGCAACCAGGCUUUUUGAGAAACCACUUGAUUCUCAGUCUAUUUAUCAACUGAUUGAAAUCUCAAGGAAUUUACAGAUACCCCCUGAAGACUUAAUUGAUAUGCUGAAAACUGGAGAGAAGCCAAAUGGAUCAGUGGAACCCGAACAGGAGGUUGAACUUCCCGUUGACCUAGAUGACAUCGCAGAGGUUGAUGUAGACCGCCCAGACCUGUUCCAAAAUAAAGUGCUCUCCAAGAAUGGCUAUGCCAAAACACCCGGUCGUGCUGUGGCAGAGGCCCUACCAGAUGGGCUCACUGUUGAGGACAUUCUAAAUCUUUUAGGGAUGGAGAGUCCAGCAAACCAAAAGCCUCCAUAUUUUUCUGGUCAGUAUAACCAAGAGAAACUUCUGCCAAGAUUCCCCUAUGGUCCCGGAAGAUCUAGAGCCAACCAACUUCCCAAAGGUACCUGGAUGCCGGAUAUUGAGAACAGACAAAUAGCGUAUGAAAACCUGAAUGACAAGGAUCAAGAAUUAGGAGAGUACUUGGCCAGGAUGCUAGCGAAAUACCCUGAGAUCAUGAAUUCAAACCAGGUGAAGCGAGUUCCAAGUCAAGUCUCAUCUGAAGAUAACCUACAGGACGAGGACCAAAUUGAACAGGCCAUCAAAGAGCAUUUGAACCAAGGCAGCUCUCAGGAGCUGGCCUCGGUAAGCAAAAGACUCCCUGUGGGGCCCCCAAAGAAUGAUGAUACCCCAAACAGACAGUACUUGGAUGAAGAUCUGUUAAUGAAAGUGCUGGAAUACCUCAACCAAGAAAAGGCAGAAAAGGGAAGGGAGCAUAUUGCUAAGAGAGCAAUGGAAAAUAUGUAAGAGUUUUCAUCAAUUGCCCUACUUUCUUCCUCCAACCCCAAGAAAACCCCAACAUUUCUCUUUAGUGUGUUGACUUCUAUCCUGUUAACACUGUAAUAUCUUUAAAUGAUGUACAGGCAGAUGAUUCCAUUUCACUGGGGUAUCUGCUUCCUUUAUUCUGACCUGUUCUCUUGUGUAUGGAUAUGUGUCAAUGUUAUGACUUCUGGAUAUAAAAAAUUAAUCAUAUCCCUUAUUCAAGAAAGAUAUCUGUGAUAGUGUUUAAUAGUGUAUUUAAUGGCCGUGGCAUUGUUGAUGCUCACAUAUGAUAAAGAGUGUCCUAUGAUUCUCUUGAAAGUUUUUGAUAUUUAUUGAAUUAUUUUGUUACUGUCUGUAGUGUUUUGUGAAGUACUGGAGCAAAAAAAAUAAAGCAUUAUAAAUAUAUAGUU